AAAGAGAUGAAGAAUAAGGAAAAUACAAGGCAUGCUGCCAGAGUUGAAGAGCCUACUGUUCGAAUCACAAGAGCACGGGCUAAAGCCUUUGCCACAUCAGCAGCAGAGGGCCUCUGCCUUGCCUCCUCCUCAAAAUCUCUUCUUAAACAAGGCCAAGGCCAGAAACGAGCUCUUCCAGCAAAUUCCAAACACGGGGGGGCACCAGCUUCUCUAGUUUCCACCAUCGGCUUGCAGCACAAAAGAAGGGCAGUGCUUAAAGAUGUAACGAAUUCAAAUGUCGACUGGACUGAUGAUGCAUCUCAACUUCAGCCUGGCAAGCAGGCGAGAAGAGGGCCUGCAAAGAAGGUGAAGGUAGCCUCAAAUCCAAGUGUUGCUGAACAUUUUCCAAUGGCACAGGAUGACAUAAAAACAAAGUUAGCUGAGGAAUUAUCCAAAAUAAGGGUGGCUGAACCACCAGAAAAGUUGCAAGUGAAAGAAGAGCUAUUACCCCAGAGCAUGUGUCAUGCCUUGAGACAACAUGGAGGAGCAGACCUAAUACAGCAUUCCAUUAAAUCUGCUCAACUUCAGAGGCCUCAAAAGAAAGAAGAAUAUAUGGUCUGCGAGAGAUUGGGAUCCUCAAAUGACUUGGACAUCGUGGACAUUGACGCAAACUUAAAAGAUCCUCUAGCAUGCAGCUUGUAUGCCCCUGAUAUAUACAGUAAUAUACGGCUUACAGAGAUAGAGCGAAGACCAUCAACUAAUUAUAUGGAAACCUUGCAGCAAGAUAUCACUCCAAGCAUGCGAGGAAUUUUGAUUGAUUGGCUUGUGGAGGUUUCUGAAGAAUAUAAGCUGGUUCCUGAUACACUUUACCUCACUGUGAAUCUCAUUGAUCGCUUUCUCUCACAGAACUUUGUUGAAAAGCAAAGGCUCCAGCUGCUUGGAGUCACUUGCAUGUUAAUUGCCUCGAAGUAUGAAGAAAUUGUUGCACCACGAGUGGAAGAAUUUUGUCUCAUCACGGACAAUACUUACUCAAGAGAAGAGGUAUUAGAAAUGGAGAGUGAAGUACUAAAUUUCUUGCACUUCCAGUUAUCUGUUCCAACCACGAAAACAUUUCUUAGGAGGUUUGUUCAAGCGGCACAAGCUUCUUAUAAGGUUCCUUGUGUUGAACUGGAGUUCUUGGCAAAUUAUUUAGCAGAGUUAACUAUUGUUGAAUAUGGCUUCUUGAAGUUCCUACCUUCCGUCAUCGCUGCCUCUGCUGUGUUCCUUGCCAGAUGGACACUUAAUCAGUCAGACCAUCCAUGGAACCCGACUUUAGAACACUAUACCUCUUACAAAACAUCAGAGCUCCACACUUCAGUUAUUGCACUUGAAGAUUUGCAAUUGAACACCAAAGGCUGUUGCCUAAAUGCUAUACGUGAGAAGUAUAGACACCAGAAGUUCAAAUCCGUGGCUACUUUGAUCUCUGCACAAAGGUUGGUUCACUCUUCUGAAGAUCAACAAUUUGCUGACUAUUCUUUAAGGCCUGAGGAAUCGAAGCAGUAUAUUUAACAGUCCGGUACUUUGAGGGCGAUUCAGAACUCCAAACUGAAAGUUGCAUUGACUUUCCAUCUAACUUUCUGUCCGUCCUUUGUUGUUAGAUUAUCUCAUUCUGGUGCUUCCAGAUCUCUGUUUGUAACAUCAUUGUUUAGAGUUUAGGACAGACCAAAUUAUGUAUGUGCCCUUUCGGCAUAAUAAUUUACUAAAACUUCUCAUCUCAGCACAUGGGAAGUUCUAAGAGCAAUAUGUGCUGGGUUGCAAAAUUGCAACAAGAAAUGUAGCUCCUUCAUUGUUAUUGUACUCAAAACCUACAUGUAUGAAAAAAAGAAGAAUUCUGGUUCUAUUUA